ACCCUCAUGGUGCUAUUCCUAAAAGGAAGCGGGUGGUGGGAAAUCCCCUGAAAAUUCAGUAGCACUGAAAAAUGUGGGGCUGUGCUGCUAUUUCAGUUGAGCUAAACAAAAUAUGCGCGCCUCUCCAAUUUCACCCUCGCUAACUGCUGUUUCCACCGUCGUAUUCCCGCCUUUCCCCGCCACCACCCGCUUCCUUCUCCACCCACCACCCUCCUACAAAGCCACCGCCUCUCUUUUCCUCUCAAUUCCCUGUCCCAGGUUUCUUUUCUCCAAAUUCAGGCCCUGCCCUUUUUGCUCUAACUCUGAUUCUACCACAAACGAGGAGGAUGAUGUUUAUUUUGACGUUGACGAUGAUGGGAUUGUUUCUUCAGAUGGUGAGACACAACCAUUAUCUGAAGACGGUGUCUUUAUUGAGAUAAAAAAGCUUGGAGGGAAUUCUCGUAGAAUUCGGUCCAAAAUUGGGAUUGAAGCCAACCUCGAUGCUGUUUGGAACAUCUUGACCAACUAUGAGAAGUUGGCUGAUGUUAUUCCGGGUCUUGCUGUCAGCGAAGUUGUCGAAAAGAAACACAAAUUUGCUCGACUUUAUCAGAUUGGACAGCAAAGCUUGCCAUUGGGUUUGAAAUUUAAUGCUAAAGGAGUUAUAGAUUGUUAUGAGAAAGAUCUUGAGAUUUUGCCUUCUGGGAAAAAGCGUGAGAUUCAAUUCAAGAUGGUUGAAGGUGACUUCACCAUGUUUGAAGGAACAUGGUUGAUCGAACAGUUUAAUAAAAGAAAAUAUGAAGGCGAAGAAGCAUCUCUUGGUGAAGAAUUUCAGACGACCCUCUGGUAUUUAGUUGAUCUUAAGCCGAAGAUAUGGUUGCCUGUUCGCCUCGUUGAGAACAGGCUUUUUAUCGAGAUAAAGACAAACCUUUUGUCUAUUCGCGAAGAAGCGGAGAGAGUGAUAAGUGCUAUGAACUCUGCAUAAAACUAUGUGCUUGGACAUAUAAUAAACUCAAAAGUAUAUAAUCUACUGAAGAUCAAGUUUUUCUAUUUUGGAUAAUUUUAUUGAAGAUUUAAGUCUCACAUUGCAAUAA